UAUGUCCAUAAAUGAUGAUGACAUACAGGACAUGUUUAGUGGAACAAGAUCAUUGGUAGCCUGGAGGCUGUGGUGCUAGUUAUCCCUACCUAUAAGUCAUAUAUGGACUUAUUUGGAAAAUAAACGUUUCACCACAGAGACAUCAUAGUUUCCACAGAGACAUCAUAGUUUUGUUAUUAAGAUUACGAAUUAUUGCCAAACAAAGGGCUUGUUGGUCUUAUGAAUGCCAUUAAUGACUUGCUAGUCUCCAUGAUUGUAGUUCGUUUUCGUAACUUCCGGGUCUCUAGCAUGUGGCGGGAGAUACGGGUAGUAUUUCCACGGUGCAACUUUUAACAAGCAUUUACAGACUACUGCCUUUGUCUACUGAAGUAGUUGUGUAAAGCAGCUACCUUUCAAAAAACAGUCAAUGGACGAAGAAGAACAUCUUCAGAGACUGAAGGCAGCGGUUCACUUCACCGUGGGACGGCUUUGUGAUAGUUUAGGAGAAGAUCAUGAGAAGACAUUUAGCCGUCAAGUCAUUGCAGCCUUAGCUGAAACAACAUUCAGGCAAUGUGACAUAUUUGCAAAAGACUUGGAGGCCUUUGCAAGACAUGCCAAGAGAAAUACAGUAUCUGUGGAGGAUGUCAAGCUUGCAGCCCGUAGGAGUACAUCACUGUCCAACUUCAUCCACAGGAAGAGCGAAGAGCUUGCCAACAGUAACCAAGAACAGAGGGACAAACGAGAAGCGUGCCGUGGGAAAAAGGAUGAUGGGAUGGAGGUCCAAGAAUAGAGGCACAAUCCCAAACUUAAUUUGUAACCAUCCACAGUGAACAGAUCUUUAAGUUUCAGUUGGGGAAAUGUACAGUUGUUGACCAAUGCUUGUAUUGUGCAGUGCACCAUAUGAAAUAUUUGUAUAUCAAUGGGCUUCAACUGGCAUUGUUGUAAAACAUUUAUUUCUGUUCAUGGCAACCAU